UUUGCUUAACUUUCGAAUUACUAAAACGAGUACUUGUUUAAUCAAAUUUCCAAAAAAUCUCCUUCAAAUCUGUAUAAAAGCAGUUCCAACCAUUGGACACUCAAACCCAAUCCAACCAUCACAAUGGUCGCCCAGAUUUUCUUGUUUGUCGCUCUUGCCACCGCCUCCAAUGCUGGUGUUGCCACUUCAUACAUCGGACGGAUCGAGACUCUUGGGGGCGGCGUAGGUGUUAUCGGAGGCGGCGAACGCAUCGUAGACCUCUAUGCCCCUCCGAAAUACGAGUUCAAGUAUGGAGUGGGUGACCCUAAAACUGGAGACCAAAAAGAACAAACUGAAGUUCGAUUGGACGAUGUGGUCAAAGGGCAGUACUCUCUUGUGGAACCCGAUGGGACCAUAAGGGUUGUGAAAUAUACCGCUGAUGACAAAAAUGGGUUCAAUGCGGUGGUUUCGAGGAUAGGGAAGGCCGCUCAUCCGACAAUUUUGACCCCUGGAGGGAUUAAACUAGACGGAAUUGGGCUGGGAAUUGGGAUUUGAUAAAAAAUGCCAAUUAUGUUAGUCUUUAAGUCCCAUUUUUGUGUAUUUGUGACCUAAUAAUUGAAUAUAAACGGUUUUGCUACUU